GCAUCGUCCCGGAAGUGCUGAUUUACCGGAGUCUGUGACAGCGCUAGUAGGAAUGGCGGCGAUGGUCACUAGAGGAAGGAACCCAAAGAGCCCGAAACUUUACUUCUAACGGGCCCGCCGAGGAUUUGAACCCUGACGAAACGCACGAAUCACUUGCUUGUAGCGGACGAAAGGCGGCGUCUUUUGACGUGAGAUACUUGGGGUCGACUUGCACGCUUAGCUUGCCUUUACUAGUGCCGCCGAGUUAGAUUGAAGGUAGCUGCUAGCCAGCUGUUGGCUCCUUUGCCUGGCUGGCCCAACAAGUUAACUUAAGUGGAAUACUGUAUAAAAGCAUUCAUCGUUAAAUGGUAAUCGUCUAUCUUGAGCAACAACUAGUGUUUUGCGACGGUAGAGAGAUAGAGAGCGAGAGAGAGAGAGGGGCGUCGCGGGACAGCACUUUGUCAUUGCGACUUGAGAACAUAAUUAGCGCUCAUUUUAACGCUAGCUGCGAAGCUAGCUAAGUUGUGAUCCUGAAGUCUCGUCCAUUUUUCGGAUCGUGCCCCAGCGACUGGCUCCGGGGCUAAUCGACACCCCGUUCGUCUGCUUUUAAGGUGGCAUCAGCAGUACGAUGGAAAGUCUAACGUUGAGUGAUGUCGAGCAGAAAUAUUACUCGGAUUUGUUCGUUUACUGCGACACGGACAACACCAAGAAAGUGGCUUCUUACGGGAGAGUUCUUGACCUUUUCCGGGCGGCCCAGCUACCUAGCGAAGUUGUCAUACAGAUUACAGAGUUGUGUGGAGCCACUCGGCUGGGUCACUUUGGACGGAGCCAGUUCUACAUCGCCCUAAAACUGAUUGCCAUCGCCCAGUCGGGCCUGCCUCUUAGAGUGGAAAGCCUCAACUCAGUCAAGGACCUGCCACUGCCCAGGUUUGUGGUGGGGAAGAAUGAGGCAGAGGCAAGGCAUGUGGCGCUAUACCAGGACCCGGACAGUCAGGGCUUAUACCCCGCCUCUGCCGCCGCGUUAAUACCAAGACCGCCAGGCAGGGGACACCAGAACAAGAAAGCCCCCCCCUCAGCCAGCGCACAUCCUGUCCAUGAGGCAGUUCAGCCCACAGCACCGAGCAUAGAAACACAGCAGGGAGAACCGACAUCGCCCGUGGUCUCCCCUCACCAGUCCCCUCCCACCUCCCCACCUUCCUGGAGGAAACACAAGCGGCAGCACAGUGGCGGAAACACAGACAGACAACCAGUGGUGGCACCGACCGGAGUCGUGUGGACGCAGUUCCGGGAAUCUCAAACUGCUCCUGUGGCAGGUGAUGGGAUGUGGCUGUCACACUCGCCCCCUCUUCCAGGUCAGGAAAGUUGGGUCAGUUUCACAGCUGACACGCCGCCAUCAAGCACACUCCCGGGGGUGCACCCGCCAUCCGUACAGGAAAGCACAACGAUACGAACAACGAUGGCCUCGGCAGCAGCAUCGACCAAUGAGAUCCAGCGGCAGUCCAGUGGCUAUGAUGAUCCCUGGAAGAUCACAGACGAACAGAGACAGUAUUAUAUCAACCAGUUCAAAACCAUUCAACCUGACCUUACUGGUUUCAUACCAGGUUCAGCGGCAAAAGAGUUCUUCACCAAGUCCAAAUUGCCCAUUUUAGAGUUGUCACAUAUUUGGGAGCUUUCAGACUUCGACAAAGAUGGCGCGCUAACCCUGGAUGAAUUCUGCGCUGCAUUCCACUUGGUGGUAGCCAGGAAGAAUGGCUAUGACCUCCCCGAGAAGCUGCCUGAGAGCUUAAUGCCAAAGCUGAUUGACCUAGAUGACUCAGCAGAGGUUCCAGAGCAGACGGCUGAUGUUGGGUUCUCGGCCUCCCCUGUUGAGGUGACUCCCAACAAGUCUCCCUCCAUGCCCUCGCUCAACCAGGCUUGGCCGGAGAUGAACCAGAGCAAUGAGCAAUGGGAGACGUUUAGCGAGCGCUCCUCCAGCUCACAAACUCUGACCCAAUUUGACUCUAACAUUGCACCAGCUGACCCUGACACAGCCAUCGUCCACCCCGUUCCCAUCCGGAUGACCCCCAGUAAAAUCCACAUGCAGGAAAUGGAGCUGAAGAGGACUGGCAGCGAUCACAACCAUCCGACCAGUCCAUUAUUGGCGAAACCACCAGAAGUAUCCGAAGAAGCCAAACUACCCGCCACCAUGAAGUUUGUACCAGCAAAUUCUGUAGGUGAUGGUUACAGCAGUUCUGACUCCUUCACAUCUGACCAGGAGCCAGUUGCAAGACAAAGGUCUCAGUCGGGCGCAUCUCCGGAAGCUCUAAAAGUGGUGGCUCCCCCUCCCCCUCCGCCCCGCCCUCACGCAUCACACUCCCGCUCCUCAUCGCUGGACAUGAACCGCAACUUCGCCGCCACCUCAGCCACAGGACAGCUGCAGCCCGCCGCUAUAGCUUUCCCACCCGCAGUGCCUCCUCGACCGCUUCCCACACAGUCAUCAGUACCACACACGGGACAGCGCGCUGAGGCUGAGGGUGCGCCGGGAGCGGGGGCUGCGCUCAGCGCCACAUCUCCCCAGCAGAUCCCACAGCAACCUAAUUUCGCAGACUUCAGUCAUUUUCAGGCCUUUGCGGCAUCUGAACAACCUUCCAGCCUGCCGGAAGUUGACAAGCACAGCGAUCCUGGACAGGGGGACAAGUCUUCAGAAGGAGCUGGGCCCUUAAGAACAGUCAAGAGUGACGGCCAGGCUGAUGAAAGAACUACCACCACUGUUAACUCUACCAAGAGUUUGUCUGGCCCUUUAGGCCCUCCUCCCAAGCCUAUUCGUCGCAGGUUGAAGUCUGAGGAUGAGUUGCGGCCUGAGGACGAGCAGCACGGCCCUCAAAAGCCAAACAUCAUAGCUGCUGGCUUGGCUAUUCAGCCCUCUAUCCCCAGGUCAGUAGGUAAGGAUAAAAAGGCGAUACAAGCAUCAAUUAGAAGAAAUAAGGAAACAAACACGGUGUUGGCAAGACUAAACAGUGAACUGCAACAACAGCUGAAGGACUUGCUUGAAGAGAGGAUAUCCUUGGAAGUUCAGCUGGAGCAGCUCAGACCUUUCUCUCAUCUUUAACCAACACCGAUGAGGUGGUUGUAGUUUCUCCAAAGCAAGGCUGCGGCUCUUGGUGGGAUGCCACCCCCCACCCUCAACCCCACCCCACAUCUCUUACUUUCCCCUCCCUCCCGUUCACAGCGUGCACCAUGUUUAAGCCCACACUUACUUAUCAGGUGUAUAGCGGAGUGGGCCAGGGAGCAAGCACAGUGCGGCUGUGAGAGUGCGAGAAGAAAAGAUGGCAUGGGUAAUUCUUCAAUGUGGCACUUUUCAAUUUUUUCUCAAGAGACCUGUAUCCAUGGCCGACAGCUUAGUGGGGAGGUAGUGUUGGACUUUUGGCUGUAGCUACGAGUUCCGUCUGAAGAGACAUCUGCUGGUGAAUGAAUGUGUGUGUGAGUGUGUCUGUUUUUGUUAAAUGUCUGGAGAAAAGUACCAGUCUUGUCAACAGACCAAUCUAAGGUUUAAAGAGUUCAUUAGCCAAAUCUUAAAAGGGAGUUACACAUUGAACUUCUGUAAAUAACUACUACUGAAAACAGAUAUUAAAUGUUUUCAGCAAAACAACAACGAUCACAAUCAAUUAAAAAUUAAACAUUUUCUGCUUUUACCACUAAGGAGCCACUGAAAAUCUAACGUUUUCUGACUUGUUUGGUGUGGUUUCUGGGAAAGAGACAUGUUUGGGGUUGUUUCUGAAGUGCGCGAUGCCCACAUGAAGUCUCUCCACCUCUCGUGCGCUGUGAGUUCAGCCGUCCUCGCUCAUUACUGCCCGCUCUGAAGUGCGUUUGUGCGCCUUGAUUUGAAUGGGUUCCGAUUUAUGCCAAAUGACUGAACUAUCACUGCUCUCGCACCUCUGUUUAGUCUGUUAUUCAUACUUAUUUCCAUCAUAUCCGGUUCGCCAUUUUUUUUUUUUCAAGCCCCUUUUGAGAGCAGCUUUAUUUUUCCAAUUUCCUUUUACGUAAAGGGAGCUUUUAAGUUUAUUCCAGCCACACGAGGCGGCAUUUAUGAAGGACUCUGGAUGAUGGGUUUUCCUGUUAUUUCCCGUGCGGCACAGAUCCAGAGUUGAUAUUUCGAAUCAUCUGCCGGAUGACGUCGGCACUAUGCAAGUUCGGUGCGAUACAUCUCCACAGCUGUUUGAGCUUAUAAAUAGUAGCAACUGUGUCUUUGUAUCUCGGAUCUUCCAGAACACAGUCCACUGUAUAUGCUCCAAGACGGAAGCAAUUACACAUCAGUGUUUUGCACUGUGAGCCUAGAUCUGUUUAAAAAAACUAAAAAAAAAAAAAAAACAGAAUAACAAGACUAGAGACCAGUCACCACAACCGAAUGACCCAACUGCACUUUGAACAUAAAACCCUCUGUCUUGUAUGGCUUUCUUUUUUUGUCUUUAAACUGCUAGUCUGUCAGAAGUAUAAAAAAAAAAAAAAUAAAGGUCAUCACACAAACCACUUUAGUUGUCGCCUGGAAAAAGUAAGGUUUGUGCCAUCCCAAAAUAGCCUCUCGUUUGGUUGAUUCUAAAGUUUUAUUUCUGUGUCUAAGGCCUUACUCUUAACUCCCCUGCUUGGAGUUCAGGUUUCCAUGGUGACUGACUGACCACCUUGUUGCAAACAAUGGCUUGCCUUUUGUUUUUCUCUGUUGUGGAUGAUAAAGUAUUCUGGGUCUGUAUGUAUGAAAGUAUGUUUGUGCGUGCGUGCGUGUUGCCACACCUGGAACUAAUACCAUUUAAAAUUAUUUAAAAAACAAAUAAAUCAUGCGACGGAUUAGCGCUUGCCACACGAAUAGCACCCAUCGUCCCAAAUGGCAAUCCAGGCAGAAGCAAUCAGUUGAAAACAACAAAAUCCGUGGUGAGAUUUUGAAUACCAUUUGGUUUCAGAUCUGUGUUGUAAAUUGUAUGUGACACACCCUUUUUGGACUUGUGUACAUUUGGAUUAAUUGCUGACUAACAGCGAAAUAUUUAAUUCCUUCUCUCUUUGGCUGUGGGAUCCUAGAUGUUCAAACUGCAUGGAUGUACUAUAUCUCUGCAGUCGACUAGCAGCUGUGUGAUUUUUACAUAAAAAUAAAAACGACAACAUUUUAAAACGUG